AUACAAUUCAAAUUUAGAGUGGGAGUACGCAAACUCUUGAUUUGUUCAAUCUGCCUUUUAUUUAAGGUCUCUGUGUCGAUAAUGCAGUGGAUUAGGCUACUUUGCUUUAAGUAAAUAAAACCGUCAAAUAAACAGGAUCUCUCAUUUGACGUAAUUUGUCAGAAUUUACAAACAACAACAACAAAAAAAAGUAGGAUAUCAAUUAAACACUGAUAGCUUUUUUUCUUUUCUUUUUCCGUAUCCACAAAAAAAAAUGUCGUUAAUUUCUACACAAGAGAAACGCUAUAAUCAACAAACUCGGAACGAUAGUGAGGAUGAAUUUGGAGACGACCUAAACACAAGUGAUCUUAUCCAAGUCGCAACAAGUGUAGAACAAAAAUACGCCGCAAAAAUUAGCUUUAUUCCUGAAGAAGAUCCUACACCUCCACCUGCUCUACCCGAAGAUACAGAAUCAUUUCAUCCUCUCGAUGUGGAGAACUUGCGCACAUGGAUUUAUCCUAUAAACUACCCAAUACGCGGAUACCAGCUCAAUAUCAUACAAAAGGCCUUAUUUAACAACACACUGGUGGCAUUGCCGACAGGACUUGGUAAGACGUUUAUCGCAGCAGUUGUCAUGUUUAACUACUGGCGGUGGUAUCCAAAUUCUAAAAUCAUAUUCAUGGCGCCUACACGCCCACUUGUGACACAACAAACCGAGGCAUGCUUUACCAUUUGUGGAUUGCCUUUACAAGAUACCGUCGAAAUUUCUGGUCAAUAUGCUCCUGUCAAACGUAGAGACUUAUGGAAAAGGAAGCGAGUCUUCUUUUCUACACCUGAAACUGUUUGUAACGAUAUCAAGAAUCAGGCUUGUCCCACUGAUAAAAUCGUGUGUGUGGUGGUAGAUGAAGCACAUCGAGCCACCGGGAAAUACGCCUAUACCCAAGUCAUUAGUGAGCUGUCUAAAACAAAUAAUCAUUAUCGUGUAUUAGCAUUGACCGCAACACCCGGCUCAAGCUUAAAAGCUGUGCAGUCUGUGAUAAACAAUCUAAAUAUCACAAAUAUUCAGAUUCGUACAGAGGACUCAAUAGAUGUUCGUGAAUACUCGUACAGUAAAAGCAUUGAGAGCUUUAUUGUUCCCAUAACGUAUACACAAGGCGCUACGGGUAUUCUGCCAAGAAUUAUCAAUGAAUAUACAUCGCAAGUGUAUGAACCUAUCUUACAACAGCUUUCCAAAUCUCCUAAUACUGGUAUACAACCUGAAGCAGCAUUAAAUACGAACUAUGGAAUUCAAAAAAAGAAAAAGACUUUUCAAGUUACUAGUAUUGGUAUCAACAAGUAUCUUAAGUCUCAAAUCAUUACAAAUUUUUUGGUUGCGGAACAGAUGAGCCGAGCAUAUGAUUUGUUGUGUCAGUAUGGUAUUGUCUCUUUUGUCGAACACAUGGAAGGGCUUCAAAGAGACAAAAAGGCACAAUUCAAAUUCUCCAACCAUCCAUCGAUAUUGCGUAUGCUAUUGGUUUUGAAAAAAGAAAUGGUAAAACCAGAUUUUAGUACUCAUCCCAAGAUGGAUGUACUCGUUCGUAUUCUUGUAAGUCAUUUCUCGAGUUUGAAACCUGAUGAAUCAUCCAAGGUCAUGAUCUUUUCUAGUUACCGUUGCUCAGUGUCUGAAAUUUGUAAAGCGUUGAAUACACACAAUCCUUUGAUUCGGGCCUCUUCUUUUGUGGGUCAGGCGGUUGGAAACAGUACUUUAAAGGGCCUUAAACAGUCUGAACAACAAGAGAUCAUCCGUAGAUUUAAAAGUAACGAAUUAAAUGUGAUUGUUAGUACAAGUAUUGGUGAAGAAGGUCUGGAUAUAGGUGAAGUGGAUUUAAUUGUAUGUUAUGAUUCCCAAUCAUCGCCUAUCAGAAUGUUACAACGUAUGGGUCGAACAGGGCGCAAAAGACAAGGAAAAUGCAUUUUACUAUUAACGGAAACAGAACAAAAGAAGUUCAAUCAAGCUAAAGAUACAUAUGCGCGUGUUCAAAACCUGAUUUCUCGAGGAGAGCGAUUGAUUUACUAUAAACCAAGCACAUCCAUCUUACCAAGCCAUUAUAAACCAACACUCCGUCGAAAAUACAUUCACGUUGGAGAGUAUUGCGAUUUCUCUUCGGCAAAACCAAGAAUGUUAUUGGGUACGGAAUUGGAUGGAUUCAUAGAUGAGGAUACCGAAAAAGCAUUUGUACAAUCAUUUUGUAACAGAUAUGAGCAAUAUACCGACAUUACACAAGUCUUGAAAAAUUACUGGCCUAACGAAAGUUUACUCAAGCGGUUGAACUCACAAGUGCCCUUACAAUCAAAAAUAACGAAGAGUCAUCUUGUGGGUCAUUCCAAACGAACGUUUGAUUUUGUAAAUCUAGUUCAAAAAAUGGAGGAACGUAUACUGCACCCGGGUGAAGAUUUAAAGACUAUUACCUCACAAGCACUCUUAACCAUUCCAGCCAAAUCAAAAGCGAGCCCUUCUUCAACAUUAAAUAUUCCCAAGAAAAGGUAUCGUUACGAUGACAACGUUACUGAUCUUGCCAAAUUUUACAAGUCAGAUGUUUUUAUGCCCAGUCAAGAGAAUGAUUUUGAAACCGUCAGUUUUUUGCAAGAUAUUGAGGAUUAUAAUUCUGCAGAAAGGUUUAUCACAUAG